AUGUCUGCAUUGCUAUCCUUCCUGGAAUCCUCGGGUUUUCUUCCCCCAUCCUUGAGAGACGCAAGGGCUCUUGUGAAGCUGCUGGUGGUUACGUGGUUUGGAAAGCGUCAUAUUGCUGUUGAGGAUCUGACGGAUUUGGAUCAUGUUGUUGAUUGCAUUGUCCGGCCUGUUGCUCAAAGGACCGAUAUUGGGAUUACCUGGGAUAAGUUUGAGCAGGCUGCUUCAAGCGGGAUGCCGGUACUGAUUAGAGGGCUUGGACGUCUCUUGGGCCCAUUCUACAAAGACCCCGAGAAGGGAGACUUCACCACCGAUCACGAACAACGAGGAAAAGUCGCCAGCUGGCCGGUUCUGGCGCAGCUGGGCUCUCUCAGAAUCUUCUCACGAAUGUUCAUCGCAGUCCAACUAUACAAGUACUAUGACGUCCGAACUACACCUGUCACGGCAUCCGCCCUGGCCGACGACCCAAACGCAUUUGCCAAAGCCGCGAUUGUUGUCCUCGUUUCUGGAAAAGAUUCACAGACUAAAGAGAAAAAAGUCUUUGGAUAUUACGUGCCCGAUAUUGAUUUUGAACGCGAAAGGCCUUACCUAUUCCAGCUCUGUGACAUCCAGAAUGCUUUCCGUGGCAAUGGUCCCCGGCCGGGCCGUGAGCUGGAUGGAGAUGAGCUGGUUUUUGGACAGAAAGGUAAUGGUGCUGCGCUGGUGCUGCAGCAGGACUUGAAGAGGGCUGUGGUGUCUCACAGUGUUUCUGGGCAACAUGAACCGCUGUAUGCUGCUACGACUUGGGGAGGGGACUGGCGGGUUGAGAUUGAGGUCGAGGAGAUUGAGCUGUGGCUUGAGGAGUCUCCUGACUUCUCUAACUAUGGCUAUGAAGAUGAAGAGGAAGAUAAAGACGAAGAGGAUGGGGAAUAG